AUUGUACUCUAACUAAUAAUAUAUGGUGGAUAUGCGUGUGAUUUGUAUGUAAAACAGCUAAAUAAUGGUACGACAAAAAAAAACUUGAAUUUUUGUCAGACAAUUGUUUUGUUGACUUGUCUUACCGAGCCACAACAACAACAAAAAAUUGAGAGUUUUGAAAUGAGUUGAGUUUAAGGGGCUUUUUCAAGUUUUUUUUCUCAUAUAUUCAGGUCACAAGUAUUUAUGUGUUUGUUUCGGUUGUUUUGUUGUUGUUGUUGAUGAUGAUGAUGAUGAUGAUGAUACUUGUUAACUAAUAAAUUUAACAAUUUUAUAAUCAACUAAAUUUGCCAUUAUCAUCAUCACGUAUUUUCGUACGAACAAUAUUCGAUCAUCAAAAAUUUCAACCAAUGGCACCAUAUCCAACGGCUUUGGAACGACAACCAGAUAUGUCUGAAAUACCUCCAAAACAAUCAUGGAAAGAAGCUGCUUCAUUAAUCAUAUUAGCUCCGGAUAAUAAGCAAAAAAAUGAACAACAUCUGUCCAUGAAAUUUGAUUAUAAAUCAUUAAUGGUUAAACGAUCAGUAACAUCUUCAUUUUUUGCAUCAGCAUAUGUCUUUCCUGGUGGUCAAGUUGAAUUGGUAGAUUUCGAACAAAAAUGGUAUGAAUUAUUCGAAAAAUUCGGCGUCAAAAUGGAUGAAUUACAUAGUAUAUCGAACAAUAUUGUUGGACCAAGACCACCGAUGGUUACCGAUCCUAUUACAUUGAAGGGAAAAUCUUCAGAUCUUAAAAUUAUAAACAUGGAUCUUGGUCUUCGAAUUUCGGCAAUUCGUGAAACGUUUGAAGAAGCUGGAAUACUUUUACUCAUUGAUCCAAAAAAUGCACAAAAUAAUGAUUAUUGUAAAGUUUUGACAUCAAAAUCACUCGAUUUGGACUUGAAUGAAUGGCAGAAAAAAGUUCGAUCAGAUGCCGGACAAUUUAUUAAAUUAUGUGAUACAUUACAUAUGGUACCGAAUGUAUGGGCUCUAUAUGAAUGGUCAAAUUGGCUAACACCAAUCAGUGUUGGACAUCGACGUUUCGAUACAAUAUUCUAUGUUUGUUGUUUUGAACAGAAACCACCAGUUUUUGUUGAUAAUGCCGAAGUUACUACACCAAUUUGGUGUAAUCCAAUCGAAAUACUCGAAGAACAUCGGCUGGAACAGGCAUUUUUAGCACCACCACAAGUGUAUGAAUUAUCAAGAUUAUUACGAUUUCCAAUGAUGGACCAAUUAUAUCGUUUUAUGAGAUCAAGACAAACAUUGGGUUGUCAACGUUGGCUUCCAGUUUUCUUUACAUAUAAUGAUGGUGCUCUUUCUUUAUUACCGGGUGAUGAACAAUAUCCGGUCGUACCUGCUCUAGUAAGCAAUGGUAAACAAGUGCCUGAAAUCGAUGGUAGUAUUCAUGAUGCAAAUCGUGAAGCAAAAUCUAAAAAUCGAAUGGAAUUGAUGGGCAUUAAAUGUCGGACAAUUUGUACUAUUGAACCAGGCUGUGGACAUGUACCACCAAUUACAUAUCCUUCAAAUGAUUUCGAUGAACAAUCGAAACCGAUAGCCAAAUUAUAAAGUUGUUGUUAAAUUGAAUUUUAUCAUUUUUUCUAUUGUUGAAUAAUAAUGAAAAUUUAUUUCUCGAAAAA